UAGAAGUAGAAGAAGAAAAUAUUAAGCAAAAGGCGGAACAAUAUUCAAUAAUUUUAAAAUUAUAGGUGUCAUUUCUCAUUGGCUUCGUCUAGUAUAACUUAAAAGAAGUGAAAAAAUAUUCAAUAAUUUGGUUUUUUCCGCAAUUUAUUUUUAAAUCCCUAACAAUGAGCUAUGAGCUAUGUUCGGCAUUGCAAUGUAAUGUCUGCCUAGCAUUUGUUGCGUUUCCAGAGCCGAAUAAGCCAACAACUGAAACCCAACCACCAAUGCGUGCGUGUUCUGGGUGCCACUUAGUAAAAUAUUGCGGUAAAGAUCAUCAAAAGAAAGACUGGCGUUUUCAUGGAGAAUUUUGCUGCGCUGUUCAACGCAUUAAGAGUGCUUACAAUGUAAAGCAUCCGCUGCAUUUAUCGAGUAGUGGUCGAGAACCCGAAACAAUUGAAGAAAUGGAGACUGCGCAAAUGCAGCUAAAGUUUUUGCUUACUGAUACUUUAAAACGGCCAUUAAAGACAUAUGAGGAGGAAAUAAUUUCAUUUCCAAGCGUGUGCGGUGUCUGUGUUAAACUGAAAGACUCGCAUGUUUGUCCGCAUUGUCGAUCGCAGGCGUAUUGUUCUUUACAACAUUUAGCGGAACAUUCAAUUGAACAUAAAAAAGUCUGCCAUUUAUUGCGACUAUACUAUUGUCCUUAUAAAGUAAAAGAGCUGCCAACUGAUUUUAAAUUGAACUACAUUGGAAGAGUUAAUAAUUUGCAUAAAAGUAAUUUAAUGACAGCAUUCGAAACAGUUUUCAAUUUAAAAUUGCCUACAAAACCCUAUGAAACAUUAAAAGAUUAUCAAUUGUUUGCCUACGCUAGUGAUUUCAGUUGCAUUGCAACAAUAUGUUUUAGCAUGUGCCAUUUGGAUAUACUGUCCAUGGAGACGAACAAGUUUAUUAUAUACAUUGUGGGAUCGAGUGUUGAGCCGCGCCUUUGGUUUCAGAAAAUUCACACACAAUUUUUCUUUAUGCAGUAUCCCCUUUUCACAACAUUAGAAUUGCAUUUUAUUGGUCCAGAAACGUUAGAAGCGAUGGAAGAGAACAUAAAAUACGAUUUUCUGGGCCAAGAAAGAUAUGUUCACUAUAUAUGCUAUAAAGGAUUAUUUCAGGAGUACGUUAGUUACUUUAAAGGUUAUCCUUCGCUAAUUGUUGCCUUCAAUUGUGGAUUUUCGGAGUAUUCGCAACUUUUCAAGGGGAAUCCAGCAACUCCCAAACUUCCCACACUCCCAGCUGCAAAAAGCUGUACGACAACUCCCACAUCGUCGACGCAGACUGAUGCUUGGCAGAAAGGCAUAUGGGAAAUGCUGCUUUUCUUUAGAAUACCAAUAGUUUUCACUUCUUUCACAAAACUAGAGUCAGAAUUUGAUUUUGCUGCUUUGAGAAAAGCGGCUGAUAUUGGAACUUUUAAAAUGCACGUGGAACGAAUAUUUACGGUAUCAAAAAAUCCAUUCCACGAUCUUCGUCCUCUUAGGCAAUUUCAUAGUGAUGAUGAUGAAGCAUUCUAUUUUCGUAACGGAUACAUACAAGCUAUACAUACACUGUUAAAAAAGUAAUUCCCUUCAUAUGCUUAAAAUUUUUUUAAGAUUUUUAAAAUCAAUAA